GUUCCCAAAGGUUAACUGUGCUGUCAUUGCUAUGGCAACGGUACAAGCCUUCCUCGUUCUCUUGAGUGUAUAUUUCUGCUGUCUCCACGCGAAUCCUCGCUCUGCGCCCAGAGUAUUUCUGUCCUUUAAAGAACUUCUGGAGACCAAGACAAUCCGUCCGUUCAGCUUUUCCUUCAACACCAGUGACUAUCGCAUCCUGCUGAUGGAUCAGGACCAGGGCCGCCUCUACCUGGGCAGCCAGGAAUACGUUGUGGCCCUCGACAUGCACAACAUCAACAAGGAGCCCCUCAUUAUUCACUGGCCUGCCACUGCCCAGAGAAAGGGGGAGUGCAGGAUGACAGGAAAAGGAGGCCAGGGCGAGUGCGCAAACUUCGUCCGUUUGAUUGAGCCGUGGAACCGAACGCACCUGUAUGCCUGCGGCACGGGGGCCUACAAGCCCAUCUGCACGUUCAUCAACCGUGGUUGGCGAGCCGAGGAGUAUCUCUUCCGACUUGUCCCAGGGUAUGUGGAAUCGGGAAAGGGGAAAUGCCCCUACGACCCCCGCCAGGAGAAUGUGGCUACGCUCAUCAAUGGAAACCUGUAUGCUGGGGUUCAUGUGGACUUCAUGGGCACGGACCCGGCAAUCUUCCGGACGUUGGGUGACAGACCGGCAGUUCGGACCGAGCAGUAUGACUCUCGGUGGCUUAAUGAACCGGUUUUCAUCCAGACCCAUCAGAUUCCAGACAGCUCGGAGAGGAAUGAUGACAAGCUUUACUUUUUCUUCCGUGAGAAGACUCUGGAUGCAGGGGGAGGGGGAAGCCCCAGUGUUCUGGCCAGGGUGGGGCGCAUCUGUCUGAAUGAUGAUGGGGGUCAGAGGUCACUGGUGAACAAGUGGACGACAUUCCUGAAGGCUCGUCUGGUGUGCUCUGUGAUUGGGGACGAUGGCGUAGAAACGUACUUUGAUGAAAUGCGAGACGUUUUCAUUCAGCCUACUCAAGAUGAACGCAAUCCCGUCGUUUAUGCUGUGUUCACUACAGCUGGUUCGGUGUUCAGGGGCUCAGCUGUCUGUGUCUACUCCAUGGCCGACAUCCGUAACGUCUUCAACGGCCCCUUCUCCCAUAAACACGGCCAUAAUUACCAGUGGACACCUUACACCGGCAAGAUUCCCUACCCCCGCCCCGGCACAUGUCCAGGAGGGACCUUCACUCCUGGCCUCCGCUCCACCAAAGAGUUCUCAGAUGAGGCUGUCAACUUCGUCCGUGCCCAUCCCCUUAUGUACCAUCCAGUUUAUCCGCUUCAUAAGCGCCCCCUGGUGGUGCGCACCGGUGUGGACUAUCGCUUCACCACCAUUGCAGUAGACCUGGUGGAUGCAGUGGAUGGGAGGUACGAAGUGCUGUUUUUGGGGACAGACCGUGGCACAGUCCAAAAGGUGAUUGUUCUUCCGAAAGACCCCAGCACCGCAGAGGAGCUCACUCUAGAAGAGGUCGAGGUUUUCAGGAGUCCAGCUCCUGUUAAAACAAUGAAAAUCUCAUCAAAAAGGCAACAACUGUACGUGUCAUCUGAAAGGGGCCUGACGCAGGUGUCCCUGCACAGAUGUCCCGUCUAUGGCAAAGCCUGCUCAGACUGCUGCCUGGCCAGGGAUCCGUACUGUGCCUGGGAUGGCGAGAGCUGCUCAGCCUUCACCCCAGCCACAAAGAGGAGGAGCAGGAGACAAGACAUCAAACACGGAGAUCCUCUCCGGCAGUGCCGAGGUUUCAAUGCCAAAGUAGAGAAUCGGCUCAAAGAAACUGUUCAGUUCGGGGUGGAGGGAAGCAGCGUGUUCCUGGAGUGUCAACCCCGGUCUCCACAAGCUACUGUCAAGUGGCUUUUCCAGAAGGAUGGCAAGAGGAAAGUGCUCAAUCGCGACGCUGGGGUGGUUAAAACGGGUCAUGGGGUCCUGCUGAAGUCCUUGACCCAGUCAGAUAGCGGGCUGUACCACUGCCUGGCCACGGAGAACAAGUUCAAACACACGGUGGCCCGGGUGGCACUGCGUAUUCUGGAUCGCGAGAUUGUGGAUGCCCUCACCGCUCCUGAUGUCCCAUCUGAAGAGCACCGACCGCACCUCCAUCCCUACCCCCCGCCACCGCCACCCCCUCCUCAGACAGUUCCGCCGCAAUUCCACCCAGAGCCGGAAGUCCGGCUCAUCAACCAGUACUGCCAGUCGUAUUGGCAGCAAAUCCAGCCCGGCCAGCAGUCUAAGCGCACCAGCCGCCGGCACGUCGCCAGCCACAAUUGACGCGUCUCCGCUCUCACUCCCAGCUGCUGCAGUUAUCCUGGCCGUAGACGGUCCCAACCACAAGGUGGCGCCAUGACAGAGUAUAGCAGGUGCAGCAGUCUGAGAGAGCAAACGCAGGGAGCUUUCAAGGCUUCACCCCUACAUGGCCGAGGUUGGACCCAAUUCUGGGAAAUCGCUCCACCAGACCCUGGCACACCUUUCUUGUGCAUCAUAAUAUUGUUUCAUUUAAGCUGCACUGUGUUAAUCAAACAGCCAACACGCAGAAUACCCACCAGAAAUCCGCUCACAUCUCAGAUAGCCAUGUUCCUAAUUGGGCUGCUCUAGUAUAACGAUUUCUGCCGGUCCUGGUUUAUUCCAAAGUCAGAAUGCAUAAAGAAUUCCAAACAGGAUGAUAUUGACAAAAACCAUGAAAAUUAAACCAAAAAAGAAGCUUAAGGACCGGCAGCAUUUUACUGGGGUCUCAUCAGAGCAACUACAUUCGAAUGUGUCAAGUCUGCUUGGGCUUGCCACUGACCAGCUUAGCAUUCAUACUCACAGAUUACUCAGUUAGUUAAUGCGAGGAAGCCUUCGCUGAUUUAAGCUGUUAGGUGGGGGGUAUGUCAGUAGAUUGGUGCUCCUUUGGUGACAGUAUUGUAGAAGAAGACAGAGUGCUAUUUACCUUUGCCCUGUAACCACCACGUAGGCAAAGGGACGCCAUGAGACGGGGAACAGCAGCCGCUGCUCUUCUCUCUGCACGAUUGGCCGCUUCUGCUCCACAUUUUUACCGUUUAAAAACAAAUGCAUUUACCUGGUAUGCUGGACAAGAAACCACGUACACAGCUGUGAUGCUUGGGCAUUAUGAAAACCUAGCCAGAUGCAUAAGGUAUAGUGAGAACAAAGUUAACUGAUGAUCAACCUCUGUGGAGGUUUGAUGUUACCAAUAAUUGCACUGUAUACCAGAACAGCAUAUAAUGUUGAAUAGUGGCGGGACUAGGAAAUGAGCUUCCACUGAACCAGCCUAAUCCAAUGGAAGGGCAGGAGUGGACCAAAAAGAUGUAUUGGGUUAUCCCUUUGACCCUGGAAUGGAGAUAACGGUGAGUGAUCUACUGGUAUGUAUCCUGUGGCCAUAAUAACAGUAACAGGAUUUUUGUCAUGUGUAAUAAACACUUAGAAAGUCAAUAAAAAGGUGUAAUGUGGAGCAAUAAGGGCAGAAUAUAGCUCUGGAAAGAAUUAAGAGACCACUGAUAAAUAAUCAUGGGGAGGAUUAGUACCAAAAGGCUUUUUCUGUGACACAGGACUUGUUUAGUGGACCAAAAUGAGUUCUCAUUUCCUGCUAGAACCAGAGGGAUCCAAACAAAGCGAACAGAACCAAGCUACAAACUUGACUAAGAGUGCUUUGUUAACCAGCAUUGGAGUAUAGAUCAAUAAAGAAACAUGACUUUGUUCAUGAUAGUCAGCCAUAGGUUAGUUUGCCUGUCAUUCACAGGUGUUGAUAUAAGGGGGGGGCAAGGGAAUGUCUUCUCUGUGGUUGCAAAAUUGUGCCUCAGGCGUUUCAGCGUGUGGUGGAGCUAACCUGAAGGAGUUUUGUAAACUGGCUUCGUAAUCCACACGAAACCUUUAUCUAUCCUGGGAUCAUGAUGGAAUUUGCCGAAGCCACGAGUAACAGACACUAUAAUUUAGUAGAACAUGAUGCUACAUAUUAAUAGAAAAGUUCAUUUAGUAGUUGGUGAAUCUGCCCAAAGAAGCGCUUUGUCUUCCCACAGAUUAUAUUUUACGUCAUUAAUAUUGUCAUCAAGGUCGCCACAGAGUCUGCAUUGACCUUCUGAAUCACGGAACGCUACACUCGGCUGAGGCUCAUCUUCAGUACCAAUGCUAAUUUAUAAAUGCUUUCUUAUUUUUUAUUGCUGGGAGUUCAAGAUUUUAUAGGAAGCCCUAUGAGGGCUUGCAUAAAUAAGUCGUAACCUGUUGCUUCCGUAUUGAGAAGGUCACACUUCAUUAUGGAAAAGAUACUUCAUAUGUACAUGAGAAUGUGCCACUAAUGUCAUGUUGGUAUUCGGUUGUUACAGUUGUUUUGUUAUUUUUUUGUUUAUUAUUAUUAUUAUUAUUAUUUUCUCUCUCACCCACGCCAUGACAUAUUUAUUUUAAGAAUGUACAUAUUCCUGUAAAUUAUGC